GACAUCAAUGACGGUGCCGUUGUGUUCACCCAAGCUUCUUACCACUACGGAAUUUUAGAGACAACACCACGUGGAGAAACGGUGGGAUUCGUGAACGCAACGAACUUCAGCCGCACCCCUCGGGAUCAGGAUAUAGUGUAUUGGAUCAGUAGAGGAAAUGAGGACGGGAAGUUCUGGGUCAAUCCCACCACUGGAGCUGUGGUUUUAAUGGACACUAUAGACAGUGAUCCUCCUUUGAACCAGCGGGAUUUUACACUUGAAGUGGCUGCACGUGACACACUGUCUGUUAAUUCUUUCAACACCAGUGUUGAGGUAAAGAUUGAGGUCAUUGACGUUAAUGACAAUGUACCGACAUUUGAUGAAG